AAAAGGUGAUGUGGGGAUUUGAACGGGUAUGGAUGGCGACACCGCCGCGGACGGGAUGAGGAGGAGGAAGAGCAGGAGGAGGAGCACGAAGAAGAAUGGAAGGAAGAAGAGGAGGAGGAGGAGGAGGAAGGGAGAAGAAGAACAAGACUACGAGAAGGAGGAGGAGGAGGAUGGCGACGACGAUCAUGGCACGGCGAUGGUCGAGGUGGAGGAGGAGGAGGAGGAGAAUGGCGACGACGAUCGUGGCAUGACGAUGGAUGAGGAGGAGGAGCAGGAGGAGGAGCAGGAGGAGGAGGAAGAAGAAGAAGACUACUGGGAGGAGGAGGAGGGGGAGGAGGAAGAAGAAGAACCGAAGGCGGCGGGUGAGGAGGAAAGGGAGCAGGAUCGGGCCACGACGAUGGAUGCGAACUAUGGAUGACAAGGAGAAGGAUGGAGAAGAAGUAGAUAGGGAGAAGAAGUAAAGGAGGAGGAUGAGAGAGAAGAUCGGACUUGGUACCGUCCACCCGCCCUCUUUUUUUUUUUUCUUCUUUUCCAAUCAAUCAAUCAAUCAAUCAAUCAAUCAAUCAAUCAAUCAAUCAACAUUCG